AUGUCAGCUCCUCUCCGUAUCCGGUCCUGGCGGGCAAUUGAGACCCUCCAAAAUGCGACCCAGCUUUCGCGCUCCUCAAGAGCCCCCAAUCUACGAACCAGCCAGCUCUCCACCCCCAUAACCAAAAGAGCAAUCAGCAACAGCACCAAAAAGCUAAACAACCAAACUACCGUCAAACCCACACCUGCAUCUCCAGUCACAAAGCCCUCCCCCUCAGCUUCAACGCCUAUCCCAACAGGCGUCCCCGCAUCCCGCCUCCCAAACUCGACCCCCAGCCGCGCAACAACCGAAAACAUCUCCAAAACAGGCCUAUCAGAUAAACCCCUCGAGCUUGAUAACCCAGCCGAAGAGAAAAUCGACUGGACGCGCUCUUUCCAUGGUCUAUCUGCUGCGCCAUUCCCCAAAGAAUGUGCCGAGAUCCUGCUGGCGGAGGUGGAACCCGACGAGGUCGAGAUCAAGCCCGAUGGAAUUCUCUACCUGCCGGAGAUUAAAUACAGACGGAUUCUCAACCGCGCUUUCGGUCCUGGUGGGUGGGGUCUCGUGCCGCGGAGUGAGAGUAUUGUUACGCCGAAGACGGUGACGAGGGAAUAUGCUCUUGUUUGUAAUGGACGCCUCGUCUCCGUCGCCCGCGGCGAACAGGACUACUUCUCCCCGGACGGAAUCCCCACCGCCACCGAAGGCUGCCGAUCGAACGCGCUCGUGCGCUGCUGCAAGGAUCUAGGCAUUGCGAGCGAACUGUGGGACCCGCGCUGGAUCCGCAAGUAUAAGACUAAGUACACGCGUGAGGUGUUUGUCGAGCAUGUGGUUACUAAGAGGAAGACUAAGAUCUGGACGCGGAAGGAUGAUCCUGUUGGAUAUCCGUGGAAGGAAAGUGGUAAAUAG